AUGGCUAACAUCGAACGAAUCGUAUUCUUGUCCCUUGUCUUGGACCUGUUCGCAUUCACCAUUCCUCUCCCUCUGUUUCCUCGAAUAAUCGAGUGGUACACGAAGCGCGAGUCGUCAGAUCCGUCAGGCUUUCUUUCACGGACGUUAUUCGUCGUAUCUUCCGCUCGGAGUCUGCUGUAUGAACCCAAGUCGAACCCCCAACGAUGGGACAUUGUGCUGCUGGGCGGCUUGAUGGGCUCCGUGUUCUCGGCGCUGCAAUGGUUUAUAGCACCGUACAUCGGUUCUUUGAGCGACAAAUACGGGCGCAAGCGUGUCCUGCUUGUCACGAUGAUCGGAAAUAUCUUGUCCGCACUAGUAUGGCUCAACGCUACCACGUUCGCUGUCUACAUGCUAUCCCGAGUGAUCGGUGGGAUAAGUGAGGGAAACGUGCAACUAGCCAUUGCUAUCCUGUCGGACGUCACGACCCCCGCUAACCGCUCGAAAGCGUUGGCUCACGUAGGGAUUGCUUUCGCGAUAUGCUUCUGCAUCGGUCCUCCCAUCGGUGCAUACUUUGCCUCACGGCCUCUCCCGACCUCGAUCUCAGCCUCGGGCUUUGAACUCAACGUUUAUGCGACGCCGGCGUUCAUUACUUUGGUACUCCUUGUUCUGGAGACUAUUUUCUUGAUCGUUGCGCUUCCAGAGACCAGAGGCAAGGGCGCGCAGGCGACGAUACCCAAGAAAGUCUCCGAGCCGUCGAAAAGCAAAGUGGAAGAAAGUCCGAGUACUACUGGCCACGCACUCACGAAAUCAAGAAGCGUGGAAGAACGGCUCAGCACGCUGAAGGCGCUGCGAAAUUUGCACUUCCUGUUCUUAGGAAUUUUCUCGGGCGUCGAGUUCACUCUGACGUUCCUUACCUUCGAUUUGUUCGACUGGAACAAUAAGCAGAAUGGUACGCUCAUCGGCUCCAUUGGCAUCAUCAGCGCACUCCUCCAGGGCGGGUACGUUCGUCGAGCCAUACCUAAGAUCGGGGAGGCCGUCAUGGCCCGGCGCGGAGUCUCCAGCUGCGCCGUCGGUCUCGUCCUCCUGACACUGAUCCCCCACGCCCUUCCGGACCGCGAUACGACCGCGGUGAGACUACUUCAAGGAGCCGCCGUCUGCAUGGCCUUCACCUCUGCAACGGUGGUCAACUCUUUGACAUCGUUCGCAUCACUGCAAUGCGACGACGCUGUCGACGAGGACACCGGGAAACCCGUGGAGGAGCACCCUGAGCUCGCGAAGGGCAAGGCGCUGGGCCGCUUCCGCUCUUCUGGUCAGCUGGGACGGGCCAUAGGCCCGUUACUGGCGUGCGCCUCGUACUGGACUUUCGGUCCAUCAUUGACGUAUGCCAUCAGCGCUGCGGCCAUGUUCGCCCUAUCUGCUUCCAUGAAGAGCAUCGCCACCCACAAAACUGUCGCUGCAUCCUAA